GCCGCAUCGAAAUCUGGCAUUUCACAAUACACAAACGCGAUGUUCAGGACUAUUGUGCGAGCCUUCGGUCCCCCAAAGGAGGUGGUCACCGGUGAAACCUGCGAUCCACCACCUAUCCCUGGGCCUGGGCAGGUAUUGGUACGGAUGCUGCUCGCCAGUAUCAAUCCCUCGGAUCUGAUUCCAAUCACGGGUGCCUACCGUACGAGAACUUCGCUGCCCUUUGUCCCGGGAUUCGAAGGAGUUGGUAUGGUCGAGGCAGUCGGCGCCCAUGUUUCUGAAUUGAAGGUUGGCGACCGUGUAUUGCCUCUGGGAAGCGCAGGCGCCUGGCAAGAUUUCAAGCUCAGCGAAGAACAAUGGUGCUUUCCAGUACCCGCCGAUCUGACCGACCAGCAGGCUGCAAUGGCCUAUAUCAAUCCACUUACCGCCUGGAUGAUGACCAAGGAAUAUGCACCAGCUCCUCCAGCUACGGUGGUAGUCAAUGCUGCCACUUCUGCUAUCGGCCAGAUGAUCAUUCGGAUGCUCAAUCGAGUCGGCGUGCGACCAAUUGCGCUAACGAGGCGACCCGAUGUUCUAGAUCAAUUGAUGAAUGGAUCCGACGUAACAGCAGUGAUCUGUCCACAUGAUGGGGAUCUCAAACAAAGACUUUACAAGUUGACUGAGAGUCGAGGCCUUAAUGUCGCAUAUGACGCUGUUGGUGGAAGUGAGGGUAAUGAUCUAGCUCGCUCACUCGCUCGUGGCGGCAGACUUAUCCACUACGGGCUUUUGUCUGGCGUGCCCUUAUCUCCUUCGCUGUACAGGGAAUGUCCAGAUGUCCAGAUAGUUCUGUUUCGUUUGAGAGAUUGGGUACAUACCAGCGAGCGUCGUGUUAUCCAGUCCGCUUUGGAUGAGGUUUUCGAUCUUGUCCGCGAGGGCAUCGCAGAAUCAAAGGUUGCACGAGUAUUCCAACUUUCUUCGUUCAAAGAAGCUUUGGACUAUGAGGCUACCCUUGCCCGGAAUGGAAAAGUACUUCUAUCGAUGUCGCCAGAUCUGACUCCUAUGGAUCCUUGAUCCCGAAUGGCAGUUUGCUCGAAACAAUUUCAAACGAUCUAGACGUUUCGUCCAGGGUUCGGAUUACGAUAGACAGAGCGCUUGAGUCUUCAAAUAUACUUCGCAGCGGCAGCGGCAGUCUGUUCCGUCUGUUCAUAGCUUAACAGAUUGAGGAUAUCGACUACCAGGGUCUCGGUACUGCAAUAUACUAGGUAGCUGGUAGUCUAUUUGUCGGCCGGCAGGAAUUCGGGAUUAUAUUGGUCGGGAAGGUGAUGUUAUGAGCAGAGCAUUUGCCUGAAUUGAUAACUAAUCAUUAUCAUAUUCAAGGCACUGUACAACUGAACAGAAAAAGACCAUUUUGGAGCUGGGGAUCUCAGUAAGAGACGG